AUGGCCUCUCGGGUGUAUGUGCAGCUCUUUAGUGAUUCCUUCCCUUUCUUCGGGGCCUCUGCAUCUUCUACUGGGGGCGCCAGGGGGGCCACUGAGAAAGGUGGGGGCCCCCCAGGGGGCCCCCAAGCAUGGGAGGCAGUAUUGCAUGCAGUAGAAGAUUUCUUUAGCUCUAGGCCCAGACCAAUACGUGUUGGUGAUCAAUUUAAGAUCCAGGUGUAUCUACCAGGAGGUAGAGGAGAGGGUGUUGGUGCUGAGAGUGGGGGAGCACCCUUGCGGGGGAACUCGCACAAGGGGGGCCCCGAGGGUUUAAAAGCAGAAGAGAUUGAAGUAAAAGUUAUGCGUUUAGAUGGAGAAGAAACAGAUGACUUGGAAUAUGCCCUUGUAGGGGAACACACAGCAAAAGUCGUGGGGCAAGAGGGACUCGAUAGAGACGCAUUUGACUCCGCUAGUGAAGUAACAUACGAUGAUUUAGGGGGCCUCAAGAAAGAAGUUCAACUUUUGCGAGAGUUUGUUGAAUUACCUCUCCGCUUCCCUGAUGUAUUUAAACAAGUAACUCUUCAAGGGUUUUAUGGUGUAGGGAAGACUUUGUUAGCGAAGGCCGUCGCUACAGAGUGUGGGGCAAACUUCCUUGUUGUAAACGGACCAGAGAUCAUGUCGCGUAUGGCAGGGGAGACAGAAGCAAAUUUAAGAAGAGUAUUUGAAGAAGCAUCUUCUUUGUCUCCUUGUCUCCUUUUUAUUGAUGAGAUCGAUUCCAUCGCCACUAAAAGAGAUAAAACACAAGGAGAUAUAGAAAAAAGACUUGUUGCACAGUUGCUGACGCUGAUGGACGGUAUUGGAGCAAAUAAAAAUGUUGUUGUCUUGGCCGCUACAAAUCGCCCCAACCAACUCGACCCCGCUCUUAGAAGAUUUGGUCGGUUUGAUAGAGAAAUAGAAAUCCCCAUACCUGAUGAUGUUGGGCGUUUAGAGAUAUUAAAAAAAAAGACAAGACGCAUGCGAUUAAAAUCAGAUGUUAAUCUGCAGCAAAUAGCAGCAGAUGCUCAUGGCUUCGUAGGGGCAGACUUAGAGCAACUCUGUCUUGAAGCAGCGCUACAGUGUCUAAGGCAGCAGUUGCAACAUAUUGACUUUGAUAAAGAUACCAUUCAGCCUGAGGUGCUGCAGCGGUUGGAGGUAGGACAGGAGCAUUUCCGUGCUGCUCUUGCUACAGUAAACCCUAGUGCAUUAAGAGAGAGACACGUAGAAGUGCCAACAGUACGUUGGUCAGAUAUUGGUGGUCUUGAAGAUGUUAAAAGAGAACUAAGGGAGACAGUUCAAUAUCCUGUAGAAUAUGGCAGUUUAUUUCAAGAGUUUGGCCUCCAACCCUCUCGAGGGGUUUUGUUCUAUGGGCCGCCAGGCUGUGGCAAAACCCUCUUAGCUAAAGCUGUUGCUAAUGAGUGCAAAGCAAACUUUAUAUCUGUGAAAGGCCCUGAGUUGCUGACGAUGUGGUUUGGCGAGUCGGAGGCCAACGUGCGCGACCUCUUCGACAGAGCGAGAGCUGCGGCACCCUGCAUCAUCUUCUUCGAUGAAAUCGACUCCAUCGCCAAGAAGAGAGGCAGUGGCGGAGGUGGUUCUGGGAGCGAAGCGUCUGAUCGCGUAAUAAAUCAAAUUUUAACAGAAAUCGACGGAAUCGGAAAACAAAAACAAAUCUUCAUCAUUGGCGCAACCAACAGGUCAGCAGCAGCAGCAAUAGCAGCAGCAGCAGGAGGAACAAUAGCAGUACCUGCAGCAGGGGCCGAUAUAACUGCUCUCUGUCAGCGCGCUGCUAAGUUGGCAAUUAGGGAGAGAAUAGAAGCGGAGAAACAAGGAAAGAAGGGAAUUAAACAGCUUACAAAGAGACACUUCGAUCUAGCAGCCAAAGAUGCAAGGCGGUCUGUGUCUCCUCAUGUGGUGGCGGCAUAUGAAGACUUUAAGCGUAAAUACGAAGCAGGGAAUGGAGAUGUUAUUGCUGCUGCUGGUCCUGCUGUACCUCCUGCUGCUGCACCUCCUGCUGCUGCACCUCCUGCUGCUGCUGCUGGUGCCGAUGGUGGUAAUGGUUCUCCCUCCCCCCCACCUGCUGCUUAG